GCUCGUCGCUCGCCUUGUUUUUUUCACCGCCUGCGGGAUUCGCGAGCCGCGUUACAUGCAUGUCCAGUGGGGGUAGGUUUAAUUUUGACGAUGGAGGGUCCUACUGCGGAGGCUGGGAGGACGGCAAGGCGCACGGCCAUGGCGUCUGCACCGGCCCCAAGGGCCAAGGCGAAUACACCGGCUCGUGGAGCCACGGCUUCGAGGUGCUGGGCGUCUACACCUGGCCCAGCGGCAACACGUACCAGGGCACUUGGGCGCAGGGCAAGCGCCACGGCAUCGGCCUGGAGAGCAAGGGGAAGUGGGUGUACAAGGGCGAGUGGACGCACGGAUUUAAGGGGCGCUACGGGGUGCGGGAGUGCACGGGCAACGGGGCCAAAUACGAAGGGACCUGGAGCAACGGGCUGCAGGACGGCUAUGGCACGGAGACCUACUCAGAUGGAGGGACGUACCAGGGCCAGUGGGUCGGCGGCAUGCGCCAAGGCUAUGGUGUGCGGCAGAGCGUCCCCUAUGGCAUGGCGGCAGUGAUCCGCUCGCCCCUGAGGACGUCCAUCAACUCCCUGCGCAGCGAGCACACCAACGGCACCGCGCUGCACCCGGACGCCUCCCCAGCGGUGGCCGGCAGCCCGGCCGUGUCCCGGGGUGGCUUCGUGCUGGUGGCCCACAGCGACUCCGAGACCCUCAAGAGCAAAAAGAAGGGGCUGUUCCGGCGCUCACUGCUCAGUGGGCUGAAGCUGCGCAAGUCAGAGUCCAAGAGCAGCCUGGCCAGCCAGCGCAGCAAGCAGAGCUCCUUCCGCAGCGAGGCGGGCAUGAGCACGGUCAGCUCCACGGCCAGCGACGUCCACUCCACCAUCAGCCUGGGCGAGGCCGAGGCCGAGCUGGCGGUCAUCGAGGACGACAUCGACGCCACCACCACGGAGACCUACGUGGGCGAGUGGAAGAACGACAAGCGUGCGGGCUUCGGCGUGAGCCAGCGCUCAGACGGGCUCAGGUACGAGGGCGAGUGGGCCAGCAACCGGCGGCACGGCUACGGCUGCAUGACCUUCCCCGACGGCACCAAGGAGGAGGGCAAGUACAAGCAGAACAUCCUCGUGAGCGGCAAGCGCAAGAACCUCAUCCCGCUGCGCGCCAGCAAGACCCGCGAGAAGGUGGACCGGGCUGUGGAGGCGGCCGAGCGGGCGGCCACCAUCGCCAAGCAGAAGGCCGAGAUCGCAGCGUCCAGGACCUCCCACUCGCGGGCCAAGGCUGAGGCCGCCCUCACCGCGGCUCAGAAAGCGCAGGAGGAAGCCCGGAUCGCCAGGAUCACUGCCAAAGAGUUCUCUCCUUCCUUCCAGCACCGGGAGAACGGGCUGGAGUACCAGAGGCCGAAGCAGCAGGGCUCCUGCGAUGACAUCGAGGUGCUGUCCACCGGCACACCGCUGCAACAGGAGAGCCCCGAGCUGUACCGCAAGGGCACCACCCCUUCAGACCUGACCCCGGAUGACAGCCCGCUGCAGAGCUUCCCCGCCAGCCCCGCAGCUACGCCUCCGCCGGCCCCCUCCAGGAGCAGGGCGGCCCACUUCUCACGACAGGUCUCAGUGGACGAGGAGCGAGGCGGGGACAUCCAGAUGCUCCUGGAGGGCCGGGGAGGGGACUACACCCGGAACAGCUGGGGUGAGGAGAAGGCAGGGGGCUGCAGGGGCGUCCGCAGCAGCGCCCUGCGCAGCAGCCAAGGCACCGAGGACUUCCGCACCCGGGGCGCGGGCCACAAGCAGCCCGGGAACCCCAAGCCCCGGGAGCGGCGGACGGAGUCCCCCCCAACAUUCUCGUGGACUUCCCACCACCGGGCGGGCAACCCUGGCUCCGGGGGUGCCAAGCUGCAGGAGCCCGACGAGGAGCAGCUGAGCAACUACAAGCUGGAGAUGAAGCCCCUGCUGAGGAUGGACUCCUGCACACCAGAGCCGCACCCCCAGAGGAGACGCCACGGCCGGGGCGCGGGGGGCGACCGGCGCCCCGAGGACCGGGGCUUCGGGCUGCAGAGACUGAGGUCCAAGUCCCAGAACCAGGAGAACCUGCGGCCGGCCUCCUCUGUGGAGCCUACCGUGCAGAAGCUGGAGAGCCUGCGGCUGGGGGACCGGCCUGAGCCCCGGCUGCUGCGCUGGGACUUGACCUUCUCCCCACCCCAGAAGUCUUUGCCUGUCGCACUGGAGUCCGAUGAGGAGAACGGGGAUGACCUCAAGUCCAGCACAGGCUCAGCUCCCAUCCUGGUGGCCAUGGUGAUCCUGCUCAACAUCGGAGUCGCCAUCCUGUUCAUCAACUUCUUCAUCUGAGAGACUGUCCCGCUCGCA